AUGGGUUCCUUAGUGUCUAAGCUCUUCAAGAAUCGAGAGAUGAGGAUAUUGAUGCUCGGGUUGGAUAAUGCAGGAAAGACAACGAUACUUUACAAAUUGAAGCUUGGUAAGACAUCCAAAACGGUACCCACUGUUGGUUUCAACGUUGAAACAGUCAAACACAAGAAUGUUUCAUUUGCAGUGUGGGAUUGUGGUGGACAAGAGAGAAUCAGACCAUUGUGGAGACAUUAUUUCACGGGGACUAAUGCAUUAAUUUAUGUGGUUGAUUCUAGUGAUCAAUCUCGUCUAGAAGAGUCAAAACAGGAAUUGUACAGGAUAAUAACGGACAAAGAGUUGAACAACUGUUUGCUUGUAGUGUUGGCUAAUAAACAAGAUGUUGAUGGUGCUGUUAAACCAAAGGAUUUGAUUGAAAAGUUUGAGUUGAAUAAGUUGAGUGGUAACCAUACUUGGUCAGUUAUUCCCACAGUAGCCAUAGAUGGAACAGGAUUAGUUGAAACACUCAAUUGGAUCUCGUCGCAUUCAAAAUAA